ACGGGAACCAUGGAUGCUGGGGGCCCCUCCCCGCCUCCCCCCGUUGUUCGAUUGUAGAUACUAAGGUAGUGAUGGAAAAUACCUUAGGUAAAAGAGCCCGCAAAUCACUUGCUUCCAGUGAGAACGCCGUUGACUAGGGGUCCUGCAUGGUGGGCGAAAGAGGAGUGGGGGAGAGGAAACAGGAUGGAAUUUGAUUCGAGAUUACGAGAGCUGGGGAUGUGUGUGUGUGUGUGUGUGUGUGUGUGUGUGUGUGUGUGUGUGUGUGUGCACGGCUUUGCUGCGGCUUUCCCUGUGCUACCGUGUCACAACACCUGGGCUCGACGCAGAGUCCAGGAUUUUAUUGUUUCUCUGUCGCCUUCCAUCGGGUUGUUGUUGUUGUUGUUCGGAGUCUGGCAUCAUUUUACUGACUCUGCGCUUCGUUUGAAGAGAGAUGGUGGGGAUGUGGUGUAGGCAUCUCGAAGGAGAUCUGUUGACGCUGAUGCUGAUGUGGAUAACUAGGUGGGUG